GCUAGAGGCUCACUUUCACUCCAGCAGAAAGAUAAGACGAAACGAUGUCUGUGUCAGCGAUCUUUGGCACCGGAAUCGCCACCGUGGCUGCUUCUCCGGCUCUCCGCCAAUUUCAAGUUCCGAAACUGGGCAACGGAGGAGGACUGGGAAUGGUGAUAGAGUGUUCGUCGAGGCCGCAGAAGAAAUCGACUGCGCAUCACAGGAAGACGAGGCCGAAGAAGACUCAGCCUUGGGACAUUAAGAGAAAGCCUACAGUGUAUGCUCCUCUGCCUCCUCUCCCUCCGGAUUGGUCUCCUCUCGCUCUUUCUUCCGACGACGGUGGUGUCACCGCCGCCGGAGAUUUGGUCUCAGGCGCUGCCGCAUAGUUAUGAGUUUAACUGCUGGUCUGGUUGUACUUUUAGUUUGAGAGCUUUUGUUGGCGUCUGUUUCUGUUAUUGUGUUCUGUUUUCUGUUGUAUGUUUCCUUCCUCCUCUUGUGUUAAUGAUUGGACUAAGCUGUAAACUUUUUUUAAAGCUUCCUCUGUUUUAAGUUUUAAA